AUGGGUAAUUGUGUAUGCAGUGGGUUUAGCAACGCUGCUCAAGUAAUCAAAGUCAUAACAUCAAAUGGUGGAAUCAUGGAGUUUUACACGCCAAUUACAGCUGAAUGCAUCACAAAUGAGUUCCCUGGUCAUGGAAUUUACAAAACUAGUAACGGAACAUAUUUCUUAUCAAAUCCGUUGCUCCACAAGGAAGAACUUCUCCCUGGGGAAUUGUAUUACCUUCUUCCUCUCAACACCGGCAAAGUAGAUAUCACAGCUGCGAAAUAUAUUCAGGAUGAUUAUAGUGGAACCUCUUCAUCUUUCUUUACGCCUUACCGGAUGUCUUUUGAUCAACAAAGUAAUUAUUAUCAAGGUAGUUUGAAGAGAUCAGACAGCGAAACGACGAUAAGAAGUUCUAGUGGUGGUAACAGUAAUAGUGGAGUGUGGAAAGUAAAAUUAGUGAUAAAUCCAGAGCAAUUAUCCAAGAUUUUGUCAAAGGAAACGAGCACUGAAGCGCUAGUUAAUAGCCUUAGAACUGUGGCUAAAUUUGGUUGUAAAGGAGUUCCCGAUUCUUCUACUCCUUCCGUAGCAAGUUCUGGUAUAUGGAGUUUAUCGGGUAGUUGUAAAGCUUCAUCCUCAGAGAGUUUGGCAUAG